UGAAUUAGUGAAGACUAUAUAAAACCUCUGAUUUGAUACUCUCUUUAUGAACCUACAUUCCCCUUCCGAGUCGGUUUUUCGUCUUUUUAACUACAACAUGCAUACGCGGCCAUGGAUUGCAAUGCUAAUAAUCUGCAUCACAUUGAUGCAAAAUCGCGCAGUAGUAGGAUUCUCUUCCAAAGAAGACGAUAAACUCGCAAGUUUGCCAGGGCAACGACAAGUGAGUUUUCAUCAAUAUGCCGGAUAUAUUACAGUAGACGAAACGCAACAGAGAGCUCUUUUUUAUUAUUUUGUUGAGGCGGAAGUUGAUCCUGCUUCGAAGCCUCUUGUUCUCUGGUUAAAUGGAGGACCUGGUUGUUCUUCUUUAGGGGGGGGAGCGUUCACAGAACACGGCCCCUUCAGGCCGGUUGAUGGAGACAACUUGAUCUUAAAUGAAUAUAGUUGGAAUAAAGAAGCAAACAUGCUAUAUUUGGAAGCACCAGCAGGAGUUGGUUUCUCUUAUUCUGCCAACAAAACUUUCUAUGAUUAUGUUAAUGACACUAUGACAGCACAAGACAAUCUCGAAUUUCUGAAGCAAUGGUUUGUCAAAUUUCCUGAGUAUACAAACAGAGAGUUCUAUAUCUCUGGUGAGAGCUACGCAGGUCAUUAUGUCCCGCAACUUGCAAGUCUCGUGGUUGAAUCAGGAUUGAAAUUCAGUUUGAAAGCCAUAUUGAUAGGAAACCCUCUCCUGGAAUUCGAUACAGAUUUGAACUCGCAAGGGGACUACUACUGGUCACAUGGAUUGAUCUCAGAUUCUACUUAUCAACUUGUCAACUCAGUUUGUAACACUUCACAGCUCAUGAGAGGCUACAUUAUUGGCUCCCUAUCACCCGCCUGUCAAGCUGUAAAUCGUCUUCUUUUGUCAGAAUAUCCCGACGCAAUUGAUCCCUAUGACGUCACUGCUGAUGUCUGUCCAUCAAAUUUGCAAUCACUCUUGUUUAACUCACAAAACCAUCCCCUGACAUCCAAGUUUCAGCUUUCAUCACUCUAUAAUAUUGCUCAAACAGAUUCUAAUCAACCUGUAAUUACUUACCUCUCCCACAAAUUAUCUUUAAUUAACUUUUCAGCAAACUUAUUGCAUUUGCAUCUCUUUAUUUUACAGGAAGCUUCAGAGAAAGUAGAUCUUUGCCUACCAAACAAAGUUGCUCAAUAUUUAAACAAAAAAGAUGUGCAAGCUGCUCUUCAUGCCAAGCUUCUAGGCAUCUCCAAUUGGAUUGCGUGCAACCGAGUAUUGAAAUAUGACAUGGAAAACCUGGAGAUACCGACUAUAGACGUUGUAGGUUCGUUGGUUAGCUCAGGGAUCCGAGUUCUAGUAUACAGUGGAGAUCAGGAUACGGUGAUUCCAUUUAUUGGUUCAAGAACUUUGGUAGCUGAUUUAGCAAAGAAGCUGAAAAUAAACUCGAGUACAACGUAUAAGGGUUGGUUAGAGAAGAAAAUGAGAGUUAGGCAGAUUGUGAAACUGAUAAUUGUUGUGUUAUUCAACUUAAAAAUGUUUACAGAAAUCUGAGUUUUAAAUAGGAAAAACUAUAGGCUACUCAGCAUAAAGCUGUUACAUUCGAAACUAAUCCUA